AUGGUUUCUGCUUCUCCAUUCCUUGGCUCUUCAUUGGGCAAAGAGCUCAAGCUUCAGAGUGUCAGCCCGUUUGCUGCUGCUGCUGCUGCUGCUGCUGCUGCUGCUGCUGCUGGGGAUGCAGCCUCGCCUCCCAUCGCCGCCUCCGCAGCAGCCGCAUUGUCUUCUUGCCAGUCUCGCAUCGAGGCUUUGGAAGCAGCAGCAGCAGCAGCAACAGCAGCAGAAGCAGCAGCAGCAGCAGCAGCAGCAGCAGCAGCGGGAGCGCCUUGUGGCGGCUGGGGUGUACGUACACCUCAGCAGCAGCAGCAGGAAGCCGCUGCAGUGCUUCAGAGCCUCACAAAUAUAUUUUUGGAAAUGGCAUUUUUAAAAUUAAUUCCUUUUUCUUUUCUUUUGGAUUUCCAAGACCUUUUGCUGCGGCUGACAAACCUUUUCAGCAAAUGGGCUAGCUGCAGCAGCAAGCAGCAGGGGGGCCCCCCAGGGGGGCCCCCCAAAAGGGUACUUGCUGCUGCAGCUGAAGGGGGCCCCCAGGGGCAGCAGCAGCUUGGCAGCAGCAGCGAGCUGCUGCUGCUGCGGCGGGCGUGGCACGUGGCGAGUGCCUGUCUCGAGGCGCUGCAGCAGCUGCAGCGACUGCAGCAGCAGCAGCACAAGCUGCUGCAGCUGCUGCUGCAGCAAAAGGCAGGGGACUCCACCCUGGCCCUUAUGCUGGCUGAUGAUUUGCUGCAGCUGCAGCAGCAGCGCGCCAAAUGCGUCGCUGCUGCUGCUGCUCGUAUUGAGUCUGCUUUUGGAAAAGCAGCUGGCACCAACGAGCAGCAGCAGCAGCAGCAGCAGCAGCAGCUGCAGCAGCAGCAGCAGCAGCAGCUGGCGACCUGGGACUAUACUCGUAUUCAGGAAGUUCAUGGUGUAACUGCCACUGAAGCAGCAGCAGCAGUUGCUGCGCUGCUGCAGCAGGGCGUCACAGCAACUGAAGCACUUCGUGUGGCUAGCUCUCUACAGCAGCAGCAGCAGCAGCAGCAGCAGCAGCAGCAGCAAACUUUACUUCCCUCAGAGGCCCCCUCUGCAUCUCUUUAUGUGGGGCCCCCUGAAGCUGGAAGUGCAGCAGGGGGCCCCCCAUGCAGCAGCGCGCAAGGCACUGCAGCACGCGACGCAGCAGCAGCAGCAGCAGCAGCAGCAGCAGCAGCAGCAGCAGGAAGCUGCAGCUUGGGAGCUUCAACACAUUUGCUGCUGGCUCGGGCCUUUGCUGAGGAGGGCAGCAGCAAGAAGGCACUUCAGCAGCUUCUUGCUGCUGUCAGGGGCCCCCCAGGGGGGCCCCCAACAGCCCGGGGGGGCCCCCCAUGGGGGGCCCCCAGCAGCAGGGGGCCCCAAAAGGGUCUGGGGGCCCUCGGAGAAAGCAUGCAGCGAGAAGCUGCUGCUGCUGCAGUUGCGGUGGCCGUUGCAGCCAUGAAGGAUGGGCAGCUGGAAACAGCCUGCGAGGCCCUGCUGCUGCUGCUGCUGCUGCUGCCGCCCCCCUCAGCCCUCCAGUUUGCCCACGUGCUGCUGCCGGUGGCCCUGGAGCUCUCAAGACGCAUUUUGGUUUCGAAGGGCCCCCAGGGGGCCCCCCGGGGGCCCCCCGAGGCCCUUGGGGGGCCCCCGGAGGCCCCUGGGGGCCCCCCCGAGGCCCUUGGGGGGCCCCCAGGAGCUUUGGGGGGGCCCCCCGAGGCCCUUGGGGGGCCCCCGGAGGCCCCUGGGGGGCCCCCAGGGGCCCCCGGCGGUACCCCACAGGAUGUCUUCUCUCGGCAUUUUGCUGCAGUGGCAAAGAUGGCCAGAGAGGUGCUGCUGCAGGGAAAUGGCUAUGAAGCAGCAGCAGCAGAAGUCUUGGGCCACAGCCAGCUAGCUGUGGCUAGCUGUGGGCCUGCUGCAGCUAGCUGCGGCGUUGCUGCUGCUGCUGCUGAGCUGCUGGAUGGGGUGUACGUACACCUCAAGCGGCUGCUGUCGGCUCAGUUGCUGCUGCUGUCACCGCAGCAGCAGCAGCUUCUUGUUGCUGCUGUUGAGGCUUUGUUUGCCUCCGGAGAACUGCAGCAGCAGCAGGGCCAGGAGCUGCUGGCUCUUGCUGCAGCAGCAGCAGAAGCAACGGCGGACACGCAGAAAGACGUAGCAGCAGCAGGGGAAAAUGCAGAGGGAAAGAAAAGAAAUGCAGCAGCAGCAGCAGCAGCAGCAGCAGCAGAAGGCGCAAGAAGGAAACAAAAGCAGCUAAUCAGCAGCGUGAUUGCUGCUGCAUUUAAGGGUCUUGCUGCAGCAGCUCAAGCGCGCUUGAGGGAAGCAGCAGCAGCAGCAGCAAAGCCUGAGCCAGCAGCAACAGCAGCAGCAGAAGAGGCAACAGCGAAGUCGCAAACAUCAGCAGCAGCAGCAGCAGCAGGAACAGCUGCAGCAAAACUGACAAAACUUGUGGGAUUGCUGCAGAGCUUAGCUCGAGAAGCAGCAGCAGAAAUUAGCGUGGGAGCAGCAGCUGCUGCAGAGCAGGUGCUGCAUGCAGCUUCUGGCUUGAGCGCCAUUUCUAAAGGAGAAGCAGCAGCAGCAGCAUCUGCUGCAGCAGCAGCUGCAGCAGCGCAGCAGCAGCGGCAGCAACAGCAGCGGCGGAGGUGGGCAAGCUGUCUUAGUGGACUGAAGGUGGUCCAGGAGCAGCAGCAGCUUCUGGCUUUGCUGCGGCGGCAGCAGCAGAAGGGAGACGCAGCAGCAGCGUUGCUGCUGCUGCGGCAUCACGUGGCUCUUGCUGCAGCAGCAGAGGCUGCAUUUAGUCCCCAAAACAUCCGAGACAGCAGCAGCAGCAGCAGCAACAAAGGAAACGGCAACAGCAGCAGCAGCAGCAAAGAAGAGAGCAGCAGCAGCAGCAGCGAAGAAGAAAGCAGCAGCAGCAGCAAUAGUAGCAGCAGCAGCAGCAGAUGCACAGACGCAGAUGCUGCUGCUGGACUGCUCACCGCCUUGUUUGCUGCCCGGCCGAACGCGGACUGCUGCUACUAUGCUGCAGCAGCAGCAGCAGCAGCAGCAGCUCCUUCCAUGGCCCUCGAGUGA